AUGGCAGACCCCAACAACGAACAAGCUAUUGACGUGAAAGAACCUUCCCUGAACAGCUCUGUGUCUUCUAUAGGCCGCACACCUCCAACCGCGCUCAAGCUGGGCUCCAGUCCCAGUCCGGCCUCUUCACACCGCUCGAGCUUCGCGGAACACAUGCGAGGAACGCCCACUUCACCACGCGCGUCACGGCAGCCCUCCCUCACACAACAAGCUCUACAAGACCUCUUGAACAACCCACCGACCAAGGGUGGUGAUGCAAAAUUUCCGGGACGCGAUUGGAAGUCUGUCAGACUUGGGGAGAUUGUUGAUCCUGAUCUGGUGAGGUUUGUCGAGUACGACACCAGCGUCGAGGAUGCGACAAGUAUACUAGUCAAACAUGGUGCUCCCAAUGUCGUCCUCCUGCGCGAAGACCCGAACACACGACAUGCAACCGGAACCUUCGAUUACAGCGACCUGAACGCCUAUCUCCUCCUCGUAGUCGGCCUCGCACACCCCGAGGAAGGCGAUAUCGCAUCCUUCGACGAGCUUGCAAAGAAGGGAAGGGAAGGGAAGCCCAUACCGCUCAAAGAUGUGAAAGAGGUUGGCGGCAUGAAAGAGCCAUUGAUUACCCUCGACGAGACAACGGAUCUGUCCAAGGCUAUAGAAGUCUUUGGAAGCGGCGUACAUAGGGUCUUGGUCGCAGAAGAAGGCACCUCGAACGUCAAGGGCAUCCUUACGCAGUUGAGACUGGUGCAGUUCUUCUGGGAGAACCGAUCCAGCUUUCCAGGCGUGAACCAGCUAUACUCGCAGCUGAUCAAAGACUUGAACCUUGGAUCUAAGACUGUUCUAGCCAUCAAUGGGGACAAGCCUCUUGCGGCGGCUCUCGAGCUCAUGAACAACGAAGGCGUGUCGUCUUUACCGGUCCUAGACGCGCAAAACAACGUUAUCGGCAACAUAUCACAUGUGGAUGUUCGGCUCUUGACAAAAUCCACAUCCCUACCACUACUCCGCUCAUCGUGUAUUCACUUCAUAUCUGUCAUCCUAUCCGAGCGGGGAGUCAACGAUGGCAAAGACUCUUUCCCUGUGUUCCACGUCAACCCAUUCAGCACUCUCGCACACACUGUGGCUAAGCUGGUCGCAACCCGCUCGCACCGCAUGUGGGUUGUCGAUGCACCUUCUCCUGCAUCAUCAGGACCGUCGACUCCAGCAACAACACCUGCAGUUGUCGUCCCUCCCUCACCAAUCACACCACUACCUGGAAUGGCCGGCCCCAUACCCGUCAGUUCGACCGCCCCAACCCAUCUUGCUAGCACUGGAGCCGUUGCACCAGCUAUCUCUGCAUCCGCAAUGUCUACUAUGCCAGGGGCCAGCCUCUCCGGUAGACUUAGCGGCGUCAUCAGUCUUACAGAUAUCCUCAAUCUGUUCGCAAGAGCAAGCGGGCUAAAUCCCCAUGACCCUGAUGAAGCGCGGCGUGCUAGGCGCAGGUCGAGCUCCAGUAGCAUGAGGCAGAGCAUGGACAGCUCAAGGAGCGAGAGCGUGUCGGCUAUAGCAGGACGAAGGAGCAGCGUAAGCAAGAGGGAAGAGAAUGCUCCAACAGCCCAGGGACUAGGUAUCUCCAGAGGACGGGGCUCAUAG